CCUAAACUCACCAAGCUUCCGCUAGGGUUUUAACGGUCUGAAGACGACUAAUCUAUUCUUCUCCAAGGGAAGCCUUCAUCAAUCUCAUCUGAAUUUCAUAUUGUCACCGUAGUUCUUAGCUCCUCCGUUUAGUCUUCUUUUUCCCAAGCUUGGGAGACAGUACUAUCAAACAUGGGUAGGAAGAAGAAAUUUAUCGACAAGAAGAAAUCGGCGACAUUCCAGCUAAUGGCGCGGGACUCCUCCGACCCCUUUUUCGACGGGACGCCAGGGAGCGAGAAAGUCUUCGUGCGCGUCGAUGAAAAUCAGUACUCAGUAGACGAGGAAGGCGGCGAGCAGCGUGAUGACGAGGAAUCGAAUUCUAUCUUCGCCGACGCACCUGAGGAUGUGGACGACUGUGUGGAGGGCACCGGCGAUGGGGUUCUGGAGAUACCCACGAGAUCCACCGCCGAGUUCCGUGGUGGAUCCUCUUCCUUGCCGGAUCAUGUGAGGAGGGAGAUUAUCGAGCUUGGGUUCCCUGAUGAUGGCUACAAUUACCUCCUUCACAUGCGCGAGAUUAAGAACACCGGCGGCGGCUCCAGGUAUUAUGAGAACCCGAAGGCCCAGCUCGAUCAGAUUCCUGGCGAUGUCAAGGCGUAUGAUGCUUCUAGAGUGCGGGUGUCUGAAGUAAAAGAUGAAGAUAACAAGGACAUGUCUAUUUAUAGUAUAGCAGCAAAGACUGUUGGUGUCAGGAUUCAGAAAGUGGUUGAUCCUGAAGUGGCUGCAUUGCUCGACGAUAGUGAUCUAUCUCGAUUCGGUUCUGAUGUGGAGGAUUUGGAGGAGGACUUUGUCGUUCGUGCUAAUCUUGGUGAGGAAGGGGAUGAUGAAGAUGAUUUGGAUGAUAUUAUUGGUAGAGCAAUGACUGUGAGUCAUAAGUCAGGGGAGGUAAUCGAUGAGCUGAAGGAUGAGCGUUAUCCUUCUGUUCAUCAGGAUGGGAAUGUUGAAGAAAGGGGCUAUAGUGAUUUGAUUCCUGAAGCAAGGCCCAGACGUCUUCUUGACGAGCAAUUUGAUCAGCUAGAAAUGGAAGAGUAUGCCACAGAUGAGGAAGAUGAUGAUUUCUGUGGUUAUAGAGAAAAUGAAGAUGAGUGUUUGGCAGAGAAGCUCAAAACAGUUCUAAAUACCUCAGCAAUGGACCCUAUGGAACUCGAGGGGAAAUACAGAGCACCUGCAGAUAUAUUACGUAGUAACGAGGCUCCCGGAAGUGAAGAGUUGUUGAAUACUGCAGCUGAUGUCCUUCGCCGCACUGUAGAGUAUGCCGAGAAGUAUGAAAACGAGGAUGACGGGGGAGAAGUUGUUCUUGUAGAGGAAAGUAGUGACGAAUCGGAGGUGUGGGACUGUGAAACUAUUGUCACUACAUACUCGAACCUCGAUAACCACCCUUCUAAAAUUCAAGCUCCUGGAGCUUCGAGGAAGAAGAAGAUAGCUGAAACUUUUUCUAAGGCUUUGAAUGCUCCCGGUCCUGUUAUAUCUCUUCGUGGCAAAGAAAAGAUUCCUGUAGGCGUUUUGCCUGGCAGUAGAAACGCUUCAGCAGCAGAAACAUCAAAGGAUGGACCGAGCUUGAGAACUGAACCUUUGAGAAGGAAGCAACAUGGGCAAGAGUCUAAAGAAGAGAAAAAAGAGAGAAAGGCUGCUGUGAAGGAGGAAAGGCGAGAAGCUAGGCGUCUGAAAAAGGAAACGAAGGAUGUCUAUAGAGGUGAAGCUCAGCGUGCACAGAGAGUUGCUGCCAUCGCUGGUCCUUCUGCCAUCAGUCUUAGGUAAAGUUGGAGCAAGGUCAGUGCUCAGCAAACAUACAUUACAAUGCACAAAAAGACCGUGAAAGUGGAGCUAUCUGGACGUAAGUUUUGAUGAGGUCUAUUUGCUUGGUUCUUCAUGGAUGCCUACGCCGAGUACCUGGACAAUUUGUUGCUUGUACAUCACAAUUUUCCCGUGGGUACUUCGUUCAACUAUAAUUUAUUGUUUGCUUCUUGGCUUGUAUGCUUGAACACAAGAUGUAAGCUUUCUAAGACUUCUCUUCUGCUGAAAGCAUGAACAAGUUAAUCUUAUGUUUCUGCUUGUUUAAGAGAUGCAUUGAACCUUCUUUGUGCCCUGUCAUUUUUUCACAUUGUAGACUGUAGUUCUUCAUUACCACUCAGAAACUGAAAGUUGAACACUCGUGUGAUGAUACAACUUAUUGGCACUGGCCUCAUUGAUAGUUCUCACUCUGCAUAAUGGCGUGGGACUGAAGAAACAGACCUAAUAGGG